GCUGAGCGGCGAGAACUUGGAAAAUGUAAAAGUGUGGAGUUCAUCAUAAUCAAACGAUGUUUGAAUUAUUAUUUGUUACAGAUAGAAAAAGGUUUGGUUGAAGGAGAGUCCAAUAUCUGUUGAAAAUCCGGACAGCAAUGGGAAAGUUAAAGAAAGAUAUGUCUGUGAAGGAGGGCGCAAAUCAGAUGAAGAUUUUGUCAUUUUUCAAGCCUCCAUCAUCAGACCAGCCAAAAUCUUUGUUCAGUGCAAUAGGACAAGGUGACAUGGCACCAAAGAGUAAACUGAAACUUAAGAAAAAAACUCAACCUGAGAUUUCUGUAACCACACAUGAGGAAAAGUCAGAAGUGGUGGAUCUUUUUACUGAGUCCCUAGAGCAAAAGAACACACAUGGUCAUCAAAGUCAGUUGAUUAUCCCUGAAACACAAGAGUUUACUUCUUUAGAAUCACUAAGUGAGUGUGCCAGAAAAUGGAGACAGGGUGGAUAUACAUGGAGGUCAAGAUGGAAUCAUACCUGAUACACCUGAAGACCCACUGAAAUCUGUUGUUUGUAAAAAGAAACCCCUACAGCGGAGCUUUUUAACACCUGUAUCAGUGCUCUCUGUUAAACCAAACAAGCAACAAAAUAGUAAAAUAAAAACUAAGCCCAAGAGUAGACCAUCUAAAUCUGUCGUUGAUUUACCAAACUUGACUUCACCCAACCCUGUCCCCAACUUCAGCAUGGAGCAACCACAGAAUACUGUAGACUGGAAGACAACAGUACCUGUAGACUUUGUACAACCAGUGCUGGGAGUCUCUGUUGACAGAAAACCACCACAGGGCAGUUCAAAUAGGAGUAAACCCAAGGGAGUUUUUUCCUCUGCCAAGUCCCUGUCCCCAUGGAAAAAGAAUAGCAGCAAAGGAAGUACCAGUGGGAAAAGAAGAUGGCUUAGCAAAGGGCAAUCCCCUGACCCUAAGAGAUUAGCAGGAGAAAAUGGAAAAGAGAUUGAUGAUAAAAAAGUAGAAAGUGUAAAGAAAGAUCUGGAUUUUGAUUUAACCAAAGAUAAUGGUAGUCAGUCAGAACAGGGUGAAGUGCUUGACAUUUCAGAUGACUUUCUUGAGGAAAUUUUGCAUGAACUGCAGAGCCAAAAUCCCAGCAAGCCAAAGCACAGCAUCACAGAGAUGACAUCACAUGGUUUGAAAGUAAAAAAGAAAAGAACACAAAUAAAAAUGGACAAUGAUAAAACACAAGAAAGUGGUGAUAAGAGUGGUUUUACUUCAUUUGGGAAUCCAACAUCAAUUUCUAAUAAGAAUGAUGAGAUUCUUGCUGAGGUGCUAGGGGAGUUGAACAGUGCAUCAGAAAUUUCUUUGAACAAAAAACCUGUGUCUGACAGUGCUGGGGAUACAGUGAUGACAGAAGAGCCUGAAAUCACAGAUUUCUUGUCUGGUAGUUGUGUUGACUCUGAAAGCUGUCAACACAGUGAUGUCUCAAAAGGCAUCCCAGAAAUCGAUUCUUUCAGCCAGGAAAAGGAAAAAAGUGUAUCACAGGAAAUGAAGAUAGAAACUGUAGAAUCACAGGAAGAAAUGCUGCAAUCUGAUACAGAUAAUAGUUUCAAACACCAGGAAGCACCUGCUGAGAAUGAUCAUCCUGGAUUGUCUGUAUCAUUUGGCAAUGAUUCCUGGAUGUGUGAUGUUGACUUUGAUAACAUUGCAGAUGAAGAGCUGAGUAGAGGAAUAAAACAAUUAACACCAUUUAAACAGAAAGGGAGGAAAAAAGAUGAAGUUAUAGACAGCAGAGCCCCUGCAGUUCAGUUUGGAAGACAUCUGGUUCUGGCAGUCCAUCAUGAAAGAAAUGAAGUUAUUUUAGAUGUAGAGUCAGCGUCUGGAAAUCAGAGAAGGAAAUGUGUUCUCUCUGGAUUCUGGACAGAUACAUUGGUUCAACCAGGAGACAUUGUCAAUGUUCUUGGAGACUUUGAUGACAGUGGGGUGUGUCAUAUUAGUGAUAACCAGGGUCUCUUAGUCAUCAAUCCUGAUGUACUGAUAUCUGGGACAUCUGUAGUGGGAACAGUGUAUUGUAUGAGAAAAACACUGCUAAAUGAAAAGCUUAGGGGCUGUGACACUGGCAAUAUGGCCAUGCUCCAUGGGAGCAUCAUCCAUGCCUUGUUCCAGGCUGUGGUUCAGCAGAGGGCAUUCAGCAAAGACAAGGUGGAGGCCAUUGUGAAGGAAAUUCUUCAGCAAAAGAAAUUCCUCAUUGAAAUGUAUGGACAAGAUGCCACAGAGGCAGUGGUGAGGGCUGAGAUAGAUAAAUAUAUUCCUCCUAUGUUGGCGUGGACUGAGAAAUACAUGCCUCCACCGGUACAUAGUUUUGGUGCAAGACCGUCCACCUCUGAUCUCCAUGUUACCAAAGUGAUGGACAUUGAAGAAAACAUCUGGUCUCCAAGAUAUGGGGUUAAAGGCAAAAUUGAUUUGACAGUGCAAGUAAAGAUAAAUGGCAAACAGAAAUGUGAGAAGGUGAUGCCAUUAGAACUGAAGACUGGGAAACCAUCCUUUUCAAUAGAACACCAAGGGCAGGUUACAUUGUAUUCCCUGAUGAGUUCAGACAGGAGAGAGGAUCCUGGGGGAGGACUGCUGCUCUACUUGAAGGAUGGCAGCAUGAAGACUAUUACAGCAGACUAUGCCAAGAAGAGAGGUCUCCUUCAGCUGAGAAAUGAACUAGUUCACUACCUUAGUCUAAAUACAGAGAAGGUUGAAAGUGAAAGUGGUACAACCUACCACCUCCCCAAACUACCUCGUCCUAUUAACAACCCCAGGUCAUGCUCCAAGUGUCCACAGCUUCUGAACUGUGCUGUCUACCAGAGGUCCAUAGAUCACCAUGAUCUCCCAGACGACCAUGCCAUGACAAGCCUGAUCCCAGCCACCCUGGCACACCUACACCAGAGCCACCUGGAGUACUUCUCACACUGGUGUCUGCUGCAAGAACUGGAAGCUAAAGAAAGCUACAAAUCUCUCAAAGACAUUUGGUGUAAAAGCGCUGAACAAAGAGAGAAGGAAGGGAAUUGCCUUAGUGACAUGGUUUUGAUGGAUAGACAUGAUGCAGUACUAGCUUUGGAUAAUGGUUCAUUUAUUCACACAUUUCACAAACAACCUUCUAAGCAAAGCCCCAAGAUAUCCCUAGCAGGAUUUAGUAAGGGAGAUUCCUUGGUAGUGAGUGGCCAGACAAGUGGACACAUUGCCCUCUGCACUGCCUCUGUGGUCCAGGUGACACAAACAGAGAUCACUGUGAUACUUGACAGGAAUCUGCAGAAUACCAAUUUAAACAGUGAUGCUGUUUACCGACUGGAUAAAAAUGACUCCUUCAACUCCAUGGCAUCUAAUUACACAAAUCUUUCCAAACUUUUGUCAGAUAACCCACACAGUUUGAGACUUAGGGAGCUGAUCAUUGAUGCUAGGAAGCCCGAGUUUGAACUAACAUUAGCUAAAGGAGCAAUAGAAAAAGUGAAACAUAUCUUCAAGUCACUCAACAAGCCACAGAAAACUGCCAUAUUAAAGAUCCUCAUGUGCAAAGACUAUGUGUUAAUGAAAGGCUAUCCUGGCACAGGAAAAACAUCCACAAUUGUUGCUCUUGUUCGUAUUCUGCACCAGUUGGGACUUUCCAUCCUCCUAACAAGUUACACUCAUUCUGCUGUGGAUAACAUACUGCUGAAACUGAAAAAGCUUGAUCUGGAAUUUUUGAGACUUGGUCGAGAGUCCAGGAUACAUCCAGAAAUCUUGCCAUAUUCUGAAGGUACUCUCACAAAGAACAUCAAAACUGUUGGAGAUCUAGCAGAAUUUUACACAGCUAAGCAAAUUGUGGCAACCACCUGUUUGGGGACCAACCACGUGUUGUUCACAAAGCGCAGGUUUGACAUCUGUAUCAUAGAUGAGGCGUCCCAGGUCCUUCAGCCCACCUGCUUUGGACCCCUGUCCUGUGCUGCCAAGUUUGUGCUGGUGGGGGAUCCUAAACAGCUGCCACCUGUGGUACAAAGUACAGAAGCAAGAGAGUUAGGAAUGGAUGAGAGUUUGUUCAUGAGGUUGGACAAUACUGGAGCCACAUAUGAGCUCAAUCUGCAGUACAGAAUGAACAGUUCAAUAAUGCGUCUGAGUAAUGAGCUGGUGUAUGAGGGAGCAUUGAAAUGUGGUUCUCAGGACGUGGCAGAGGCCCGUCUCCAGCUGUCCAACAUGGAGGAUGUGAGAGCAGAGCUGAGUGGCAUGAUGCCUGCCUGGCUGGAAUGUGCAUUGAGCCCGCAGCCUGUUCUUUUCUUGGAUACAGAUAAUAUAUCAGCUACAGAAAGUUAUGAUGCUCAGGGAUUGGUGAAGAAUGAUUUAGAGGCAGAAAUUGUUUGCCAAUUAGCCAAGUGUUUUCUUAGGGGUGGGUUAUCCCCACAAGAGCUUGGCAUCAUAGCCCCAUACAGAAACCAGGUGAAAGUCCUUCACACUCGUCUUGGUGGCUCUGGAGAGGUGGAGGUGAACACGGUGGAUCAAUACCAAGGCAGAGACAAGAGUGUCAUCAUCCUCUCCUUUGUCAGGAGUAAUUCCAAGGAUGAUUCCAGCAGUAAAGGCAGGGGUGGAACAGAGAUACUUUGUGACUGGAGAAGACUGAAUGUUGCUGUGACAAGAGCAAAACACAAGCUUCUCUUUGUGGGCAGUGUUUCCACUCUAAAGAAGUAUCAGCCUUUACAGAAAUUGAUCCAGAUAUUGAACCCAGAGGAAAUAUGCCAGAUAACCUCAGUACCAGACAGAUGAAGGCAGUCUGUGAGGAGGCCAGCUAUGCCAAUACAUGAGGAGCUAUGUCACAAUAAACUAUAUCAAGGGCAAAAGAAAAAAUCUUUAUACAAUUAAUGACUUUGGUUGAGGUUGAUGUUUCAAGAUUAUACCAGAAGCUGUAUAUUUUUGAUGUCUGAUUGACAUUUCCUUUUUUUUUAGAUUGUCAUGUAUGGUGACGUCUUCAUUGUUCAGUUUUGCAUUUUCUCAGGACUCGCAUUUCCAGAUAUAAAAUCAUAAUAAUGCUAUUUAUAUCAUUUAAUUUAUUGUGAAAGGAAAUGUUGAUAGUAUUCUGAAUGUCUUUUCUCAUCUGCCAGUAUACCAAGUGAACAAAAAUGUGCAAAUAAUUUUGCAUUUCAAGUUUUAAGUUUUUGUAUUAAGUUAAAACAAAAUAACA